AGGCCCUCCUUUGCAGCCUUUGUUUUCUUUUUAUUCCUGCCUCAAGCCGCCGCUGUUUUAUUUACUUCCCGCUGCAACGCUCCAUCACCGGAAUCCUUCUUCCGCCCUAUAUAUGGUCGCCGCCUGCCGUCUUUUCACUCUUCCUUAAUUUUGACAUAUACGCAAUAGUUGCCGGAAUUCAUACCCCGUCGUUACUCUCUCUCUAUCUGCUCGACCUUGUUCGGCCACUACUCCAUAAUCCCCACCGCCUCACUGCUGGACUGCUUGUACUAUUUUUGUUUGAUUUCAGCACAACCGAUCGGAUUGUGAAUGGCUCUAACACUAUUGAGUGGUAGCUCUAGGGCGUCAUCAUUCUAUGCGCCACAAAAUAAUGGCAUUUUACCACGGGAAUUGACCAAGGGAAAACCGUUUAUGCUCCGCCUCCCGCAUUCAAGCCUUGUUUCAAGAAGAAAUGGCAGCAGCAAAGUGGGAUAUGCGGAUUCAGGGAGUAGGAAAUUUCCCCUGUCCAUAUGCAAUCAAAUAAGGUUCAUGUCUUCCCAAUCAAUCCACUCUCUGAGGGCAAAGUGUCCGGUAGCUUCAAAUUUUGAUGUUUCUGCUGUGGCAGAUGAUACCCUCUCUGAGGAUUCAGGCAGAGAGCUCCAAGAGUUAAGUGACACUGUUUCUUCUGAAACCGAUGGGAUUGGGAAUCUCUUGGCAGACUCUACUGCUGCUUCAAAUCACUCCCGGGAUAUAAAAGGCGAACUUCUCUCGCUCUCGUUACCGGCACUUGCUGGUCAAGCCAUUGAUCCUCUGGCACAAUUGAUGGAGACUGCUUAUGUUGGCCGCUUGGGUUCUGUGGAGUUGGCCUCUGCUGGUGUUUCUAUAUCACUUUUUAAUGUCAUUUCAAAACUAUUUAACAUUCCUUUGCUCAGCGUUGCGACCUCAUUUGUUUCCGAAGAUAUUGCAAGGACUGAGGCUGGAUUUUCCCUGUCAGAAGGGGAUCAAGGCAGCAGCAGUACACCUUUCAGGGGCAAAGCAGAGCGGCGCCAGCUUUCUUCUGUUUCCACAGCAUUACUUUUGGCAGUCUGCAUUGGCAUUGUUGAAGCUCUGGCCUUGUAUUUGGGAUCUGGUCCACUUCUGAGUUUGAUGGGCAUAUCACAUACAUCCCCCAUGCGAGCACCAGCACAACGAUAUUUAGCUCUGAGAGCUCUUGGUGCUCCUGCAUUCGUAGUUUCUUUGGCUCUUCAAGGCAUUUUUCGUGGUUUUAAAGAUACAAAGACUCCUGUCUUCUCUUUAGCUAUUGGAAAUUUUAUAGGUGUAGUUUUGUUUCCAAUACUUAUGUUCUACUUCCGUCUGGGUGCAUCUGGAGCAGCCAUAUCCAUUGUGUUAUCCCAAUACUUGGUGAGCUUUUCGAUGCUAUGGUGCUUAAACAAGAGAGCUGUGUUGCUGCCUCCAAAACUGGGAGGAUUACAAUUUGUUGGCUAUCUAAAAUCUGGUGGUUAUCUUCUUGGGAGGACACUUUCGGUCCUUUUCACCAUGACCCUUGGAACAUCAAUGGCUGCUCGCCAAGGUCCUGUAGCAAUGGCUGCUCAUCAAGUCUGUUUGCAAGUUUGGUUGGCCGUCUCCCUGCUCACGGAUGCGCUUGCUGCAUCUGCACAGGCACUUAUUGCCGGCUACUCAUCAAAAGGUGAUUAUAGGGUUGUUAGGGAGAUCUCCAACUUUGUUAUGAAGAUUGGAGUGGUUACUGGUGUCAUUUUAGCGGUUGCACUCGGUGUUUCUUUUCCUUCUAUGGCAACUCUCUUUACUCAAGACAUGGAAGUACUAGGGAUUGUCAAGACUGGUGUAUUGUUUGUGAGUGCCAGUCAACCAAUCAAUGCACUGGCUUUUAUUUUUGAUGGUCUCCAUUAUGGGGUUUCAGAUUUUGCGUAUGCAGCUCAUUCUAUGAUGGUGGUGGGUGCAAUAUCAUCUGCAUUUUUGUUCUACGCUCCAAGAGCGUUUGGCCUGCCAGGUGUUUGGUUGGGCCUGACCCUAUUCAUGGGAUUGCGAAUGAUGGCUGGUUUUAUAAGGAUUAUGUCUAAGGAUGGCCCUUGGUGGUUCUUGCACUGUGACAUGAGUAGUUUGAAGGAGGGCUCCCAGGGUCAAAAGCACGCACGAUGAUUCCGCCCAACUAAUUUUGUCGAUGUAGUGGGAGUUAUAUUUGGGUAUGUACUUUCAUCUGCACAUGCAUUUUGAUAUGUUGAGCAAUAUUGUUUUAAAAGGUUGAAAUGUUGAUUUUCUUGAGUACUGUUUUUCUACAAACCAUCAUCAAGAGCAACUCCGAACGGAAGAGGUAUAUUGAGAAGGUAUAUAUUGUUUAUUUACCUUCCCAAAAAGGUAAAUAUACCUUCAUAAAAGGUUGAAAAUUUC